AUGCGCUUCUUGUCGAUCAUUUGUCUCGUGUGGGCCAUUGUUGCGGUGUCAACAGUUUUUGCCUACCAUCAUCAAUCAUCUGGUGAUGAGAAAAAGAACAACAACAACGACCACGACCACUAUGGCGGAGACUACCGUGGUGGCCAUGAUGAUUAUGGAGAUUACUGCGAGCAUUGUGACGAUCAUCAUCAGCAACAAGAUUACAACAAUAAGCAUCAUAAACAUCCCCACCAUGGACAUCCCGAUGUAUAUAUCCCACCCUAUGAUCCACCACCAGUGAUAGUGGCUACAAAUACCGCUUAA